UGGAGACCUUGAACCGACACUCACAUUCAGUCACAUUGUCCUGGAGUUACAUCGGAUAAAGUUUCACUUCAGAACGAGCUUUUGUCUUAGCCUGCUGGAUGUUAUUUCCUAUCAUUGAAGAAGCCCACCAGUGAAGACAGGAUUUCGCUGGGGAAGAGACCAUGCUCUCCAUGAGCUGUUCAGACCCCUGGCCGGAGGGCUCUGUGGGGUUGGAGGAGGAGGUGGUCACCGCCGCCGCUCAGGCAGAACUGCUGGACAGAAGCUCAACCGACUACAGCUACUGCAGCUCUGACAAUUUGGACGACAGUCUGACCAGUCUGCAAUGGCUCCAGGAGUUUUCCAUUCUCAAUGCGAGCGGUAGCCAGCAAGCGUCCUCAUCCGGCCAUCCCCAUAGUCACUUCUUUGGGAGCCAAGCAGGCUCGGAUGCACCUGCGUCCCCUUUAGCGGGAGAUCCGGCGUCCAUUGGGAUGCCGUUGACCCCAGGGAAACCCACGGCUGCGUCUUUCUACAGGAUUCAGUCCAUGUCUGCUCUACCCAGCCUGGUUGCACAUGGGCACUGUCCAGAUGAAGUCGAUUACAAGACGAAUCCUCACAUCAAGCCACCGUACUCAUAUGCCACUCUCAUCUGUAUGGCCAUGCAGGCCAGUAAGAAAACCAAAAUCACCCUCUCAUGCAUCUAUAAAUGGAUCACAGACAACUUCUGCUACUUCCGCCACGCAGACCCUACUUGGCAGAACUCCAUCCGCCACAAUCUGUCGCUGAACAAAUGCUUCAUUAAAGUCCCGAGGGAAAAGGAUGAACCAGGAAAAGGCGGCUUCUGGAAAAUCGACCCCCAAUACGCAGAACGUCUCCUUAACGGAGCCUACAAGAAGCGUAGAAUGCCCCCUGUGCAAAUCAACCCAGCUCUUCAGAACCGACUCAGGAUGACCGCCCAAACCAUUCAAACUGCCGCCAACACAGGUAUGUCUGGAAAUCUUAGCGUGAAUCCGGAAUCCCAUCAGCUCCUAAAAGAAUUUGAGGAAGCCACAGGAGCCGAUCAGAACUGGGACCCUCGACUGACUGAAGCCACCAUGCUGGGUUGUUGGGCUCCAGGCAAGGGCAACAAAAGGAAGAAGCCUUACGCUCACAGGAGCGGCGGAUGCAAAGUUCAACGGCGUUCAAGCUCUCCAAUGCUGGAUAUGGACGAGCAGGAGGAUUUAAGCUCCCUGAAGGGCAACUUCGACUGGGACGCCCUGCUGGACUCAGCCCUGAAUGGAGAACUGAGCUUGAACGAAGGGUGGUCGAUGAGUCCCAUACCUCGAGACGAUGAGCUGAUGGUCAGGGGAACACAUAUCAGCCCCCUAGAGGCUCCCGCUGGUGUGGUCGAGAGCCACGUGCUGAUGGAAACCCAACAGAGCAGCACAGCAGACUUUGACGAGGAAACGUUCAUGUCCACAGCGUUUCUACAGAGCUCCUGGUCAGAGGAGAGUCUCCGUCCGGACUUUCUCUGCGGCUCGACGGUCAAUAUUGACCAGCUGUUUGACCUUGGAGAUCCUCUCGCGGGUGAUCUAAACAUUAAGAUCGAGUCUCUCCUUUGAAGAGCCCAAUUGUGAGACAUUGAGUGACAUUACGUCCAUUGGACCCAAACAGUUUAAAAAACAAAGUGGGUUGAGACUGUUUACUACCAAUGAUUUCAUGCUGGAUUCCAUGAACCCCAUUUGAAGAUGUAUUUUUAAAGGUGUGUCUAUUUCGAAUACUGUUUUUUUUGUGGUAAUGUUUUUGUAUUUGUAUUUGACAAGUUAUUUACCUUCGUUGAUUUACAAGCUAAUCAGGAUUAUUAAAAGUGUGUGUCGUAUAUUUGGAAUUCAUAGCUAUUCUACAAGCUAGACAACAUAUGAUUAUUAGAUAAUUAAAUCAAAUAAAAAACACCCCUGACCAUCAUGACCAUCAAUGUCACAAAUGAAAAUCAACUUUUUUCGACCCUGACUUUUUAAAAUGUACAUAUGUUAAGGCCAUUGUACAUUGAGUCCGAAAUUUUUGCACAUAAAAAAAUAAAUACGACCUCACGUUAUAUAAAUCACAUUUACACACUGCCUUUAACAUUUUCGUCUGUCAUGAAAAAAUUCGGACUGGUUUCGAUUCUCUGCAAGUUUCGCAUCCGUAGCAAGCAUUUAGAGGCGUUUGACAAUUCAGAGACAACAUACAAACGAGCGCCAAAUACGAAAAAACGCAUACGAAAAUUUCGGACUGUAUGUGCAAAGACCUUUAGUCAGCUUGACAAAAUAGUUACGAAUUGUCGUGACUUGUGACAUUGUGUUUUUGGAACUCUGCUUUCUUAGAACUGAAAUGACGUGGAUAUAGCACUGGAAAUAAUAUAAAAAAAGAUGUAGAAGUUUGUUGUUGUUUACAAUCCAAAUUUGCAUAAUGCAUCACAAGUGAAAGAAAUGUGUUUGCUUAGUUUGAAGACGUGAACAAUUUUCAAAACAUUGUGAAGAAAGUUUAUACAUAACACAUCUUUGAACAAAUUCUGCAAGACAAAACUGUAACUCAUAGUGUAGAUUCAGUGAAAUCCAUGUUGUUAAGAGAAUUGUUGAAACCGAAUUGUCUAGAUUUAUAGAGAACACAUAAGCAGUUUUGUGUUGAGUGUCUGAUCCGGUGAAACUGCACUAUAAUAAUAAUGAAUGAGAUUUAAAGGCUUCUAUGUGUGUAAAUUAAUGGACAUUGGGUUCAAGUGUUGUGCCAAACUUUCUGUUUUCCAGCUGAAUUCUCACUCUUCUUAUCACCAUCUUCAUGCAAAUCUAAUGAUGUUACCGCUUCUUAACAUUGUUAUGAGUGUUACUGUAAGAUCAUACAAGUUAUAUUUUUCAUGAAGACUUUUAUCUUUUUUAGAUUGUUAGUACAAUGUAAAUGUAGAAGGUAUGUUUGAUGAGUUCAUCUCUUUUAUAUAAAGGCACUAAUAUACCCUUUUGUUUAGAAAAUGUGACCCUGACCCAGUUUCAGUAAAUCACACUUUUUAAGUUAAUUAAUUUUAAGUUUUAUGUUCAAGUUAAUGCAACUCGGUGUUAUUCAUGAACAUCUUAUCUUCAUGAUGUAUGUGCCAAGCAGAAAAAUGGCAAACAUAAAUAUUAUCAUAUAAAGAAAUGUACCUAUUCUUGUUACCAGUGCCUGUCUGUGUUGAAUUUGUCAUCGAUCUCCAAGUUGUUCGAAUUUGGUAAUGUACCACAUUAUAUUUAUAUACAGUAAAUCAAAUAACAAAACUUC